AGCGCCAACCUCAUGGUUCACGAGCACGAGUACUUUGGAGUACUUUCUUGCUCAAAUCAGCUCAGAUUAAGUACAGUCGUUUACGACGUGAUUGUUCGCAUUGAAUUUCGCAUCGGUGGAAGUAAAGGACCCUCCGAGUCGACUUCAAGGAAACGGACGAAGAUCGACGAUCAAGAUUACGGAAGGUGAUCCGGAGACCGCAAUCCUGCGGAAUGGCUGUCACGAGUCGCUGCGUCGCAGCGUGCAUGUUACUGACGAUACUCUCGUUGCUGAUAAAGACAGGACAUAGCAUACAAUGUUACCAAUGUAACAGCACCAGUACGAAGUAUCCAUUUCAGUGUAAUGAAUUCCUGACAAGCGACAAUGAUCUUCAGCCUAAGUCAUGUGACGAUGUUUAUGGAGCACAAUAUUGUGUCAAGCACAUAGGCCGUUUCGAGGUGAUGACCUUAGAUUGCUAUCAAUGUACAUCGGCGAAUGAAUGGAAAUGCAUGGAUAGCGAAUUGGUUAAAAACAUCUUGGUGCCGGCAAAUUGUAGUCAUGUGUACGGAGCACGUUAUUGCAUCAAAUCGAUCGGCCGUUACGGAGGUGGCAUUGGUACAAAGCGAUUUUGCUCAUCUGUGCACAUGGGGAAUUAUUGCGACUAUGUCAAACAACCUGGUGACAAGCUGACCUACCGUACUUGUGUAUUCACAUGUUCCGAAGACGGAUGCAAUUCAGCGAUAUCCUUCGUACCAAAUAAAAUAUAUACAUGGAUCAUGCCAGCGAGUUUAAUAGUAGCCUGGAAAAAGCUAUUCUACAGGUAGAAGAGCUUCUGUGUGACUUGACGAUUAGUUAAGAAUCUCUGACAAAUUUAUUAUUUCAUUAUUGUCGAUAAAUCUCUAACGCUUUUUUCUACUCCUUUUUAAAUCGCAAGCCUCAAUUUAUAUUUAGAUGCUUGUGCAAAAUGUUUUGAUCAACUUCUCACUGCCAAUGACAUCUCAAA